CACAGAUUUUAAUCGCGGCUGGUUUGACCGGAGUGUUGGACUCCGCACGGAGCCUUAACAACAUGAUACACACUUGAACUACAAUGCAUUUUUAUUUUAUUUGGAUAUGACAGCCGCCGUGCAUAUUUGUUGUAAAAUGCAUCUCCUCUGCCUCUAAGCAAAAUGCCUUAUGGGAUUUAUCCUUAGCAAAAUUGAAACCCUGUUACAUUCCAAAAUUUGGACCAAGGACAAUAGCGCUGUUUUCUAUGAUAACAUUUUAUACAAAAUCUGCUGGAGCAGACCAUUUCUGGAUCGCAAACCUGCUGUCCUUGUCUCCAGAAUCAACUCGCCAACCAUCCCACAGGGUGACUGCCUAUCAUGAGAUUCCGAAUUUACAAGCGAAAGGUGGUACUGCUGACUCUAGUGGUCAUAAUCGGUGGAUUUGCUGUCUGGAAUAGUGGUAAGACAAAGAAGGCAAGCGCUGCUGUGGUUCCUAAGGAGGCGGAGACCAUUAAACAGAGCAGCGGCGGAAGUCCGGUACAGGUCACGCUACCGGUAACUCGGAAAACAGUCAACGAGACCCUUCCAGAAAAACAACCAGCUGCCAAACCUGAAGUGGAUAACACUACCCUGGUGUACAGAGGGAUUGUGUUUCAACUUAACUUUGACCAGACCUUAAGAAACGAGGAGAAGUUUCGGUCAGUGCGACAGAAGGAUGACCUCGUCAUAGUGGUUCAGGUGCACAACCGUCCGGAAUACAUGCGACUCUUGGUGGAGAGUUUAAGAAAGGCAGAGGGCAUUGAGAAUGUUUUGCUGAUAUUCAGCCAUGACUUCUGGUCACCAGAGAUCAACCAGAUAGUCACCUCCGUUGACUUCUGUCUUGUUCUCCAAAUAUUCUUCCCUUUUAGUAUCCAGCUCUAUCCUCAAGAGUUCCCUGGGAAUGAUCCAAGAGACUGUCCCCGAGACAUUCCCAAGAAAGAUGCCUUAACGUUAGGCUGCAUAAACGCAGAGUACCCAGACUCCUUCGGCCACUAUCGGGAAGCCAAGUUCUCUCAGACCAAACACCACUGGUGGUGGAAGCUGCACUUUGUUUGGGAUAGAGUCCGGGUGUUGAAAGACCACCAAGGGCUUGUGUUGCUCAUUGAAGAGGACCACUACCUCACCCCCGAUUUUUAUCACCUUCUCAAGCUGAUGGCUUCGCUAAAGAAAGAGCAGUGUCCUGAUUGUGAUAUCCUGUCUUUGGGGAGCUACGGGCACAUCAGCUAUUCCAGCAAAGCCAACAAAGUUGAGGUGAAAGCAUGGAAGUCCACCGAGCACAACAUGGGCAUGGCGCUAAGCCGAAAUGCUUACCAGAAGCUCCUCAGAUGCACCGAUGCCUUCUGCACCUAUGACGACUACAACUGGGACUGGUCAUUGCAGCAUCUUACGAUGACUUGUUUGCCCACGUUCCUGAAGGUAAUGGUCUGUGAGGCACCUCGCAUUUUCCACGCUGGCGAUUGUGGCAUGCACCACAAAAAGUCGGCUUGCAUGCCUACCAGCCAGAAGACAAAGUUCGAAAACAUUCUUCAGAUCAGCAGGAAUCAGCUGUUCCCAAAACAGUUGCUUAUCACAAAGAGACUGCCUGCGUCUGGGGCCAAAGGAGUGGCCCCCCUUGUGAAAAAUGGAGGUUGGGGCGACAUCAGGGACCAUGAACUCUGCAAGAGCUAUCUUCGAUUACAGUGACUCUUUAUUCUCUUGUUUUCGUUGUUUUUGCAUCCUCAAAUGAAAGCCUUUAAGAAUACUUUAUGGACUAUUUCGUCAUAUUGCCUGUUUUAUUGAAAUAUUCCAAAUAAAAAAAAAGUAUGUGACGUUUGGAUUCGGUGGUUAUGAGCAUCAUUCAAGUAUCAUCAUUGAAAACUCGUCAUUGCUAUCAAUAGGGCUGGGCAAUAUAUCGGUGUAUCAGUAUACAUUUACGAUGAUUUUGCUGUCAAUAUAAAAUAUAUUAGCAUCGUAAAUUUUGCAAUGAUUUUAAUUUGCUUUUAAUAUAAAGUUAUAUCCAAUUUUACAACUUCGUUGUCAUGACAACUAAUGCUGUAAACCCUAAGAUCGCUGUAAAAAUUACGAUUUAACCAGUUUUACAGCUCGAAUAACACGCAAGUUUUAUAAGAGGAAUUAAACUGCCUUUAAUCACUCCAAAAAUUGGCAAUUCUCACUGUAACCUCAAUUUUUGUAUUUGUUUUAAAAGGAGGGACAAGUUUAAAUUAUUAUUUGUGGUAAUCAACAUUAUCCCACAAAUGCUGUCGAUUGAGCUCAACUUGUAUUGAACCCGGAAUAUUCCUUUAAAACAGAUUUAUUUGAUCAAUUACUUAAAGAUGAAGUGUGUAAUAAUUACAAAAAAUAAACUUUAGGUGUGUUCAUCUUGAACUGUGCCUUGCCUUACCGACCGGCGAGAUUUGCUGGUUGCCGUCGGGGGAGGAGUUGAAAAGAGAGCCACCAAGCACAACCUUUCGCGGUACUUUGAUGGCAUACAUCACAGUUACGCCGUCUAAAGUCGGACAAAAUUUCUAACCGACAUGCUUUGCUUCAAGUCCGGCGCCGUUGGGUCUGCACAGUGCUGCAUGAAGUUAAGUUAACGGAUAGUCCCGCCCCCAAGUCAUGUCAUAUGUUGUUGUGUCAGGCUGGACGGGCCGCUCAAAACAAACAGAGUUCCACAGAGACACAGUGUUUACAGUUUUCAAACAAAUUAACCUAUGAAUGGCUUACAUAUAGUCAUCUAUGCAUAUUAAGAUGGGAUAGGAGAAAGUAUUUUAACACCAUAAAAGUUGCACACUUCAGUUUUAAAUAUUUUUAACUGGAUCUUAUAUUAACAUUUUUUUUAAAUAAUCUUCAACAGUGGAUGGUUGGUUGAAAUGUUGUUUUUUCCUCUUCUUUAAGCCAUUUUAGAUCAAAUACAUAAAUAUGGCGAUAUAUAUUGAAUAUCGUCAAUGGCUGGAAAAUAUCGAGAUAUAAUUUUAAAGCUAUAUAGCCCGGCCCUAGUUGUCACUCAUAUAUGUUAUUAAAACAUUAUUGCAUUUUUAUGCCAUUUAAAAUUUUUUAUUUUUUUUGUAUGUAUAAUUUUCAAAUCUGCAAAAAGCAUGAACUUUCUUAUGAAUUACAUAUGUGUGUAUAUAUUUACCUGCAGACAAAAUACAUGGAAUGUUUACUUUUGGUCAAAAUUUGACAUUCUGUGAAAUAUUGUGCUAUACUGGGCUAUUUUUGUAUGCAGAUGAACUAUUUUAUAUUUGCUUGAAUGUGACUGAUUUUAAAGGUGUAGCCUCUAAAGUUGUGCUUCAUAUUGAACAUGUUCAAGUAUUGGAAUGGUUUUAAAGCUUUUGCAAGACAUUAAAAUUGCAUUGGCUAUCUCGCAGCCCUCAUUAGCCCAUUGUAGAUGCUUUGUCCUAUUUACACGAGCUUCCAUUUAGCCGUGACACAGAUCUGUGCCCUCGAUGUUCACAUAUACUGUAUAAUGAAGUGUGAAAAGUAAAGCCCUGGAGAUAUAAGCGUGUGAUGUACUGAAGUGUUGAAGGAAUAUUCCGGGUUCAAUACCGGUUAAGCUCAAUCAACAGCGUUUGCGGUAUAAUGUUCAUUAACACAAAAAAUUAUUUCGACUCGUCCCUCCUUUUCUUAAAGCAAAAAUUGAGGUAUCAGUGAAGCACUUGCAAUGGAAGUCAAUGGGAUAAAUUUUUGGAAGGUUUAAAGGCAGAAAUGUGAUGCUUAUAAUUCAUUAAUUCUACUGUUAAAACCUGUGUAUUAUUUGAGCUGGAAAGUUGUUUAAAUCAGUGGUUUUACUGUUGUUUUAGUGUUUACAAUGUUAUGUCGUCAUGGCAACAGAGUGGUAAAAUUGUCUAUAACGUUACACAGAUGCAGUUAGAAAGUGUAUGACAGUAAAAUCAUGUUAACACACAUAUUGUUUAUGUCUUGUGUCUUUUGAAACAGUGAGUAUUUUAAUGUUUACAGAUUACUGACCCCAUUGACUUCCAUUGUAAGUGUCUCAUUGGAACACACAUUUGUGUUUAUUUUUGUGGUAACCAACUUUAUACCACAAAUACUGUCGACUGAGCUUAACCAGUAUUAAACUCGAAAUACUCCUUUAAGACCACUAUACUGGUUGAAUAUCCUGUUUCGAUUGGAAAUAUGUCCGAUUGCCAAAGUAA